UGGCUGACAGAUCAUGCAGUCGACCAAUCAGAAGUUCCUGGACAUGCUCAACGAGCUGAUCGACAUGACGACCAGGGAGCUGAGCAGAAUCGAGAGGACCAAGUACGAGACGCUCAUCACCAUCCACGUCCACCAGAGGGACAUCUUCGACGAGCUGGUGUGUCUGAACGUGCGCUCUGCGUCCGACUUCGAGUGGCAGAAGCAGUCUCGCUUCUACUUCCUGGAGGAGACGGACAGGUGUGUCAUCCAGAUCACAGACGUGGAGUUCAGCUACUGCAACGAAUACCUGGGCUGUACAGACAGACUGGUCAUCACCCCGCUGACAGACAGGUGUUACAUAACGCUGUCUCAGGCCCUGGGGAUGAGCAUGGGGGGGGCUCCGGCCGGUCCUGCAGGAACAGGUAAGACCGAGACCACCAAAGACAUGGGUCGCUGUCUGGGGAAAUACGUGGUGGUUUUUAACUGUUCGGACCAGAUGGACUACAGAGGACUCGGUCGCAUCUACAAAGGUCUGGCCCAGUCUGGAUCCUGGGGCUGCUUUGACGAGUUCAACCGCAUCGAGCUGCCGGUUCUGUCCGUCGCCGCCCAGCAGAUCUACAUCGUUCUGCAGUGUAAGAAGAACAAGAAGAAACAGUUUGUCUUCACCGACGGAGACGUGGUGGACAUGGACCCUGAGUUUGGCAUCUUCCUCACCAUGAACCCCGGGUACGCCGGGCGCCAGGAGCUGCCCGAGAACCUGAAGAUUCAGUUCCGCACGGUGGCCAUGAUGGUCCCGGACCGCGCCAUCAUCAUGAGGGUCAAACUCGCCAGUGCGGGUUUCCGUGACAACCAGGUCCUCAGCAGGAAGUUCUACACCCUCUACAAACUGUGUGAGGAGCAGCUCUCCAAACAG